AAGGGAGGGCGAAGCUCUUGAAGACGGAGACGGUGUGGAUAUCAAACGGAUGCUUCAAAAGCGUCAGGAUUUUCCAAACAGCGUUUGUUUUUCCAACAUUCCCACAUGAAGGACUCUUAAAGCAGAAGGAAUCAUCAGCGUUCGCGUGUUUUUCUUUCUCUCAGUGGCAGUGGCGGGGUUUGUCUGUUGGCAGGCGGCAGUGGAGAUGCUCCUGUAAUUGGAUUCAUCUGGAAAGCGCUCAAACCGCAAGGAGAGCCGCUUAAGUGACAGCGGCUUUCUAACGCAGAAUAGUAAAUUCCCUUUCUUUCAGUCCUUGUCAUCAUCCUUCUGCUUUGCCUCUUGCUUCUUCUUCUUCUUCUUCUUCCUCGUCAACCCUUUUCUCCAGCAGAAGAGUUUGGUGUGAACCGUGUCGCACUCAGAUCCUCGCGAUGGGAGAUAAAGGCACAAGGGUGUUCAAGAAGGCAAGUCCCAAUGGAAAGUUAACUGUGUACCUUGGUAAGAGGGAUUUCGUGGACCAUGUGGACCUUGUGGAGCCUGUCGAUGGCGUGGUUUUAAUUGACCCAGAGUACUUAAAAGAGAGGAAAGUUUUUGUGACACUGACAUGUGCCUUCCGCUAUGGACGGGAGGACUUGGAUGUUCUUGGCUUGACGUUUCGCAAAGAUCUCUUUGUGGCAAACAUCCAGGCAUUUCCUCCGGUCCCUGAAGAGAAAAAGAGCUUGACACGUCUACAAGAGCGACUGAUAAAGAAACUCGGAGAGCAUGCUUACCCCUUCACCUUUGAGAUUCCUCCAAACUUACCCUGUUCUGUCACGUUACAACCAGGGCCAGAAGACACAGGAAAGGCCUGCGGGGUUGACUUCGAAGUCAAAGCUUUCUGUGCGGAGAAUGUUGAAGAAAAAAUCCACAAAAGGAAUUCAGUGCGUCUUGUCAUCAGAAAAGUGCAGUAUGCUCCAGAGAAGCCGGGCCCGCAGCCAAUGGCUGAAACCACAAGGCAGUUUCUCAUGUCAGACAAACCUUUACACCUGGAGGCCUCGCUUGACAAAGAGAUUUACUAUCAUGGUGAACCAAUCAGUGUCAAUGUCCAUGUCACAAACAACACAAACAAGACAGUCAAAAAAAUAAAGAUUUCAGUGCGUCAGUAUGCUGAUAUCUGCCUCUUCAACACUGCCCAGUACAAGUGUCCAGUGGCGAUAGAGGAAUCAGAUGAUAUCGUAGCCCCCAGUGCAACGUUUUGUAAAGUUUACACCCUCACCCCUUUCCUUGCGAAUAACCGAGAGAAGCGUGGCUUGGCUCUGGAUGGCAAACUCAAACACGAAGACACCAAUUUAGCCUCAAGUACACUGUUACGAGAGGGAGCCAACAAGGAGAUUCUUGGCAUAAUUGUAUCUUAUAAGGUGAAAGUGAAGCUGGUGGUGUCUCGCGGAGGGCUUCUGGGAGAUCUUGCAUCAAGUGAUGUUGCCGUCGAGCUCCCCUUUACAUUAAUGCAUCCUAAACCAUUGGAGGAAUCGAUCUACAGAGAUGCCCCAGAAAAUGAUGCACCCAUUGACACAAACCUCAUUGAGUUUGACACAAAUGACGAUGACAUCAUCUUUGAGGACUUUGCUCGGCAACGGCUGAUCGGGGCAAAAGACGAUAAGGAUGAAGACGAGGAAGGCGCAGAUUCGCCCAAAUUAAACGACAGAUAGACACAGGCAGGUCAGAGGUUGGUGUUUGGUGACGAUAUACCGGAGGCCCUUUUGAGAUAACCUGGAGAAAUGGGACACCCUUUAACACACUCACAGUGGUGCAGUUGUCGUGUUCUUGUUCACAUUCGUCUCUUCCAUCCUGCGAGGGUGUCAAAUAAAAACUUACGUGUAGAAAAUGUGACCUUGUCGUGGAAGCAGUUAGAAGGUUUUAGUUGAUAGGCGUCCACUGAGAGCCUGAGGGUUUCUGAGGCGAGGGUUUCUCCUCAUAGCUAAAUCAAACGUCAGUGCUCGCAUGCCUUUGUUGUUGCUUUGUUUUCUAGAUUCUUCCUUUGUUUAGAACAGAGGAGGAGUUUGAGGGCCGUGGCUUAGCAUUCAACCAUAUUUAACGUAUGGACUUUUGUUCUGUUUUAAUCGAUGUAACAAGAACUGGAUUUAGUAUUUUUAUUAUAAAAGCUGCCAAAUUGUAUGACCUUUAUAAUGUUUCACGUCUAAGAGGAGUAGACUGAAAGUAUUUUUUAUUGUUUUAGGUUUCUGAAAAGAACUGAUAUCUACGAAUCUGUUUUACCUAACAAAAGUAAUGGAUAUACUACUGAUCAUAAGACUAUAUGAGACAACGCA